CGGACAUGAUGGGCAUGCGAAACAACGAAGGAGCAGCCGCGCUCUGAGCUUCCGGGCGCGGCGGUUACGCGACCCGGGAAACCGUUGGCGCGGUAGUCUCCAGCGGAGUCCGGGACUACUGAGAGGACCAGGUGUGAGCAUGAGCAUGGCAGAAGGGGACACCCUGAUAUCAGUGGAUUAUGAAAUUUUGGGGAAGGUGCAAGGAGUGUUUUUCCGCAAAUACACUCAGGCUGAGGGUAAAAAGCUGGGAUUGGUAGGCUGGGUCCAGAACACUGACCAGGGCACAGUGCAAGGACAGUUGCAAGGUCCCAUCUCCAAAGUGCGUCAUAUGCAGGAAUGGCUUGAGAAAAAAGGAAGUCCCAAAUCGCACAUCAACAGAGCAAACUUCAACAACGAGAAAGUCAUCUUAAAGUUGGAUUAUUCAGAUUUCCAAAUUGUGAAAUAAUGACCUGAAUUUAAAAUUUCAAGAUAAACUCAGUGGUUUUGUUUUAUAUUGUUAAUAGAAUUAUUUUGUGUUCAACAUUAGAAGAAUUUGUCACUAAGUUAUUUUAGUAUCAGAUACUUGAAUAUUACUGUGUAUUAUAUGUAUGAUAGAAGGAAGGAUUACAACUGUGCACAAUUCUAAUUAAUAAAAACACAUUAGAACCUG